UAAUCAAAGUGUUUUAUUUUUUUAAGUACUUAUUGUGAAGAUAUUGACAGUUUCUAGUUCAAACAAAAGUACAGAGGGAUCAAGAGAUUGUGUACAAAUCUAACACUGUCAUCAUGUCGGAGAUCUUCUAUAAAAGGAACAUGCUUGGGAGAUCCAAGGUAUUGCUUCAGUUACUUCCAGCCUCCAAGGAACUGCCAUUUCUCCUGUGUCUGUUUCUCUGUGAUAUAACAGUAUUUCAACAUGAAGGUGGCUGUUCUCAUUAUCGCACUUUGUUUCUGCCUGUUAAUGACUGAAGUAAUCGGUCAUCAUCAUCACAGCAGCAGCAGCAGCAAGAAACACCACCACCAUCACCACCAUAGCAGCAGCAGCAAGAGCAGCCACAAGCACCAUCAUCAUCACCACAGCAGCAGCAGCAAGAAGCACCAUCACCAUCACCACCAUCAUCACAGCAGCAGCAGCAAGAGCAGCAGCGGAUAAACACAUCACCAAUUGAAGAUUGAAUCUUUUGUACCUCGCCUAACUGUUCGGACCUCAUAUCAACGCCUCUGACUUAAAUACGCCUUUGUUUACACUGUACUUUAUGCUUCUUGACUGCCCUGAUUGUGUCUUUAAUAUUAAGAGAGCCUCAUCUAUAGCUGUAAACUUGGAUACCUAUAAUUAUCUAGUUAGUUUGGUGCUUCUGGUGUAUAUAAGAAUUGUUAAUCAUUUAUAUAUUCGUAAGAUAUACAAUAAGUUUUUGCUUGUUUUUUGU